CAGUACGAAGAUGGUCAGCGUCAUCACGCAUAGCAGGCGGGCCAUCGUAUCUCCAACUCCAACUACAAUGCCUAGCUUCGACGGGCCGAGGCUCUGUUAUACCAACGCGUGUAUGCGCAACUUGAUGUUCCCAAUCGCUGCAGGCUCCGUCUAGGCAUCCAGAUAAUACGUGAGGCUCACUCCGACUAUCGCUCGUCAGGUUUAUCAUUCCCUUACCCAGUAAAAAAGUACACUGCAUUCCCCUCACCGCCGUGUAUAGCAUAUGAAGCUCUAUUGAGAGAAAUAAUAGCUCGUGUAGUGUGAAGGUUAACCAAUGAUAUUUGUCUUUCAAAAACUUCGGAUGUAGUUUGCCACCAGUAAAAGGGGGAUGCCCGAGUUAACCCAGCUGUUUUUCAUUCAAUAGCUUCCUGCUCCAGAUUCCACGCGGCAAGGCGAGGUUUAUUAGUGUAUGAAAUUAACGUCGACUCUUCUUCGCCCUCGACGUCGCGGAGUACCGAAGCGUACAUUUCCUGCCUCUGCGGCGCCGCAAAGCAGACGUUGAUAUUACGCAGAAUUGGGUCGGAGCCCGGACCUCUGGGCUUUGAAUUGUGCCCAUUGCUACGAGUGCCGCCAUAUUUCCGGGAUACUAUGCGUAGGUAUUUUACGCGCCUAUCCAUGAACGGCAGUCUUUUGAUGGGCUUACAGCAUAUUCGGGUGGAUCCGCGCAGUCGUCAACUGCUGCUACUCCUCGGCGUUACUUCUGUGGUACUUGUGGCUGUCAUGUAUUCCGACGCUCUGCUAAUGGUAGUAAUGGAGCCCAUGAGCCUCGAUGGGAAAGAGGAGCCGCUUCUGAGGUAUGCCCUGCAUAUCAGCAUCGCCAGCACCAAAGACGGCGGUCUGUCCUCCUUUAUCAAGCUCACCUGGGAGACCUUCCCAUCUACUACUACUACUACUACUCCUAGUAACCAAACCAUCAACAGCGAAGCCGGAACCGGAACCGAAAACAGCAAACCCAUCCUCGAAGCCCACUGCCACUGCCGCUGCAACACAGCCCGGACGUCGGUUGCUGCCACCCCACAAGACGACAAGUGGUGGCUGCGCCCCGCGGAGCGCGGGGGGUCCCGCUUCGACGCGCGCGUGCCGCUUCGGGAUACAGGCGUGGGUGUUCGUGCCCAGGGGUAUGUAGUAUAUUCGUUCUGCUCCCUGCACCAGCCCCCCCUCCUCCUCCUGCGCUUUCGGUUUCAAAUUCCCCUUCCCACGCUCUUCUUCGCAUCGACUUUCCCACCCUCCAGCGGACUUACUUACCCCCUCUUCCCCCCUCCGCUGCGCAUUUACGAGAGCUCCCCCGACGUCUUCCGCGGGUUAGGCCCGCGCUGUGGGGCCGCUGUCUUCUGGCACGAUGGUUCGCGGCCGGAGCUUAGCGAUGUGAGCGUGGGGUUGCUGGCUACUUCUGCGGAUGAGGGAGAGAGGCAGGGGGGUGGGGAGGGGGGGAUGGGAUGGAUAUAUGAGGGCUCGGAAUAG